GAGGACCGAGAACAGAGCCAGAGGCCCUGCAAGUUCAGCUUUGUCCGUGAUUGAGAGCUGGGACCGUGUCAUUCCAACCCCACCAGGACGGAACCGGAACCCCUCCCCUCGGCUACUCCCCUCCUGCCCCUAACGCCGCCCGAGCGCUCACCUUGAUCUCCUCUUUCCUUCCGCGGGGCUGUCAUGCUCCCCUGCGCCUCCGAGGAGGGGGCUCAGGGGGCCCGAUGGCCUCCCGCCCCUCACGGCCCGGCAGCCCCGGUGCGGGGGAAGAGCCCAGGAAGCCGCAGUGCCCAGGAUGGGCAACCGCUCGUGGGAGGGCUGCCACGUGGACUCGCGCGUGGACCACCUCUUCCCGCCGUCCCUCUACAUCUUCGUCAUCGGCAUGGGGCUGCCCACCAACUGCCUGGCUCUGUGGGCCGCCUACCGCCAGGUGCGGCAGCACAACGAGCUGGGCGUCUACCUGAUGAACCUGAGCGUAGCCGACCUGCUGUACAUCUGCACGCUGCCGCUCUGGGUCGACUACUUCCUGCACCACGACAACUGGAUCCACGGGCCGGGGUCCUGCAAGCUCUUCGGCUUCAUCUUCUACACCAACAUCUACAUCAGCAUCGCCUUCCUGUGCUGCAUCUCCGUGGACCGCUACCUGGCCGUGGCGCACCCGCUGCGCUUCGUGCGCCUGCGCCGCGUCAAGACGGCCGUGGCCGUGAGCUCCGUGGUCUGGGCCACCGAGCUGGGCGCCAACUCGGCGCCGCUGUUCCACGACGAGCUCUUUCGAGACCGAUACAACCACACCUUCUGCUUCGAGAAGUUCCCCAUGGAGGGCUGGGUGGCCUGGAUGAACCUCUACCGCGUCUUCGUGGGCUUCCUCUUCCCCUGGGCGCUCAUGCUACUGUGCUACCGCGGCAUCCUGCGGGCCGUGCGCAGCAGUGUGUCCACCGAGCGCCAGGAGAAGGCCAAGAUCAAGCGGCUGGCGCUGAGCCUCAUCACCAUCGUGCUGGUCUGCUUCGCGCCCUACCACGUGCUGCUGCUCUCGCGCAGCGCCGUCUACCUGGGCCGCCCCUGGGACUGCGGCUUCGAGGAGCGCAUCUUCUCCGCCUACCACAGCUCGCUGGCCUUCACCAGCCUCAACUGCGUCGCCGACCCCAUCCUCUACUGCCUGGUCAACGAGGGCGCCCGCAGCGACGUGGCCAAGGCCCUGCAUAACCUGCUCCGCUUCCUGGCCAGCGACAAGCCCCAGGAGAUGGCCAACGCGUCCCUUACCCUGGAGACCCCGCUCACCUCCAAGAGGAGCAGCGUGGCCAAGGGCCAGCCGGGCGGCUGGGUGGCAGCCGUGCCCUCCCAGGGCGACCAGGUGCCGCUCAAGGUGCUGCUGCCUGCACAGUGAGCCCCACGUUCAAAUCUCGGCCGGGCCCUCUUCCCCAGGUCUGCUGUCUGCGGACUAGGAAACAGGCCGUGCUGACGCUCAUGAGAAUGUAACAGGAAGAGUGUAUGGCUGAUGGGUCGUUGUCACCCACCUCCUCCGCGUGACCCCUCACAGUUGUCUCACCCCCCAACCCUGAGCUGGUCAGUGCUAGUGAUACAGUGGCCCGUGGACCCCAGGCCCUGCUACUGUUCUGGGGUCACAGAGGGCUUCCUGGAGGACCGGAGGAGUUGAUGAGGUCAAAUAUCUGGUUUCCAAAGGGUGAAGACACCAAGAAAGGGUUAUUUCCAACAGGGGAGUAGGAGCUGUGACUCCAGUGCAGGUGGGAGGAGAAAAUCAGAGCGUUUGCCCUUGGGGCAUCCCUGGGGGAGAGGGUACCAGACAGACGGGUUCUGAGAGUCUCUAUCCGCAAUGUUCUCUGAGUAGGCACUGAGGAAGAGGACAGAGAGUGUGGGAAAGAAAGUGAAAAGCAAUCAGAGCAGACUGCCUGCAGGAGGCGUGGGUGGAGGAGGCUCAGGACAAGGGGAGAAAUUUCAUCCAUCCAUUCAUUCAUUCACUUGAGAUUUGCGCCCAGCCUGUGUCGAUAGAAGCUCAGGAUACAGCAACAGACACGACAGCCCUGGCCCCAUUCAUGGGGGUUCAGGGACAGCAAAUGAAAAAGUAAAUCUAAGCUGGGCACGGUGGGAUUAUACCUGAGGCCUCAGCUAUAUACCUGAGGCAGGAAGACGGCAAAUUCCGGGCCAGCCUGGGCUACGCAGCAAGACCCUGUCUCAAAAAUCAAGGAUAACAAUAAAAAAUAAAUACAACGUUUGGAAUUGAUACAUUGAAGUGGAAAAGACAGAGCUGGUGGAGGAGACAGAAUGUGACUGGGAGCCUAAGCUAGAUGAGAAAGAUCGGGGAGGGUUCACGGCAGUGCUUAGAGCAAGGAUCUCAAGGGGCGAUGUGGUCAUCCCUGUAGCUACUGUGGGAAAAGCAUUCGAGGGAGCGAGAACAGCAAGUGCAAAGGCCCUGGGUUAAAAAAAAAAAACUCCAAAGUUUGAGGGACCAGUGGUACAGCAUGUGGCUGGAGCACAGGUCGGCAGGGCAAGAGGAAUGGGACAGCGGCCACAGGCAGAUGGUGUGAGACUGCUUGUCUUGGUAAGGAUUUGCCUUUUACUCAGAUAAACAGGAGCCACAGGGAGGCUCUGAGCAGUCAACUGAAGUGAUCUGACUUCCGUGUUAAUGGGAUCCUGCUGGCUGCGGAGCAGGAGCGGAAGGCAGGAGGUAAAGGCAGAAGCCAGGGACCUGGUGAGGUGGUGAGUGCCAAAAUUUAGGCUGGACAUGCGGGUGCCCGACCCGGUGGAAGUGGAGGACCAGGCGGGGCAGUGGUCAGCGCUUGACUUUAUUCUGCAGGAAUGCAUUGAUGGAAGCAGCCCAGGGCCUGUGGGAUUGUGUAACAUGAGCCCCUCGUCCUCUUCUGGGAAGAGGGUGCUGGGGGACCUGGGCAGAAAGGGCCUCUGGGAGUGAUGUCAGCUGCAGUGGAAGGCGGCGAGGGGUCCAAGGACUCAGGGCCGGUGAGUCAGUGCUGGGCCAUGCUGGGCUCGCUCGCCCCUCCCCACUCCGGCAUCUGUUCCCACGCCCCAGGGUCGCCAAGGCGGCUGUCCUGGCUGGUGGUGUCCCUGUCUGUCCACCCCCUCCCCCAGCCUCAAGGUCACCAGGGCUGGAGAAGAGGAAGCACCCGCCCUGCCAGCCCUCAGCCCUCCUGGAGCAGGGGUGGAUGCAGGCUCCUGAGCUGAGAUGUGAAGAUCCUCCGCCUCCGUCCUGCCCUAGAAGUUCCCAGAAGAGCUUCCUGGAAACGCUUCUCGGAGAAAGGAAGAGGCGGGAAGAGGGGAAUGGGAAAGCAAUGCACUUCGUGAGAAAAAUGACUUUGUGGCGAAGGGGUGAGGUGGCACGGAGGGCAGGGAGCCCGAGGUGCAGGAGGUGGGGUUUGUGUGUUGCGGGGUAAAGAAGCAGAGAGGCUUAGGAUCUGGGCGGUCGGCCCCCUCCUCCCACCACCUUGAGCUGCUGAACAUAGCCCCCUCCCACCAAAUGCUCCUUUCUGUCCAGUCAGUAAAUAUUUAUUGAGCAUCUACUGUGUGCCUGGCACUAUUGUAAGAGCUCAGGAAACAGCAGUACAGA